AUGCCUCUAAAUGGGCCACAACGUGCUAUGCUCAAUGAGUUCAUGCAAAUUACUGGGGUUUCAGAAAGAAAUGCUAUUAAAAUUCUUAAAUCGACGGGAUGGAAACUGGAAUCGGCAUGUGAUAGCUUCUUUCAAGGAAAUGGUGCCCCUCCCGAAGCGAAAGAAAAGGAGUCUUUGACGAAGCUUUUCGAGAGCUACCGCACCUCCAAUGAUGAUGUCGACAUGGUUGGUGUUGACGGCACUAUGAAGUAUUUUGGGGAAGAUUUGGGCAUCAAUCUGGAAGGUGUUGAGUUUCUGAUCCCCUGCGAAAUCAUUCAAGUACCAUCUAUAGGAGAGAUGACCAAAGACGACUUUGUCAAGGGAUGGAAAAAGUUGGGCCUUGAUACAUUGCCCAAGCAAAAGUCAUACAUUUUAGAGGUCAAGGAUUCAUUGUCGACCGACGUGGAAUUGUUCAAGAGAGUAUAUAAACACACCUUCAUCUGUGCUCGUGAGAAGGGACAGAAAGCUCUUUCGUUAGAACUUGCCAGUGUAUACUGGGAGCUCUUGUUCAACUCUCCAGGAAAGGAAUGGAAGACCGCCUCAACCAAUUGGAUCAAACUCUGGUUGGAUUUCCUCGGACAGAAUUGGAAGAAGAGUGUCAACAAGGAUUUAUGGAACCAGACAUAUCAGUUUCAUGCAAAGACAAUGGAGGAUGAGAGUUUGAGCUUCUGGACUGAAGAUUCAGCAUGGCCAAGUGUCAUUGAUGAAUUUGUUGCAUGGGUAAAGAAGAAUAGGGGAGAUUCGGAGGAAGUUGGAGAGACAAUGGAGACUGAUUGA